CUCGGAAGUUGAAACAAUACAAACACAAUCUUCCUCUCUCUCUCUCUCUCUCUCUGGUCUUUUUUUUGCUUACAGUUGAAGAAAAUUUAAACAAAGGCUUGUCUUGAUCUUUGAACCAAGCAUCUUACUUAAUCUGAUAGUUUCUGAUUUUGAGUCUGGUCUAAAUUCUCUCAUCCGUUCACUACAAAGUUUAUAGAUCGAUCGAUUGAUUAUGGAUUGUUAUGCUGGAAGGAACUUUGAAGAGCUCGUUGUGCCUAAUUAUCAAGAAUCAUCAUCAGAGACAUACCCAUCUACUGGUAUGUGGGGUGGAUGGAGCAUGAGCUCUCCUGAAGCUGCUGAGAAAUGUUUCGAUUACGAUGGUUUUAAUGGACAAGGUUUGCUGUAUAGUCAGAUGGGUAUGAGGACGAGUGAAGAAGAAGAAGAGUCUAAGAGAUCAAAGGCUUUCUACGGUGCUUCCUCACUCGAUGAUUUCGAAGGAAUCGAACACAUGGAUGAUAUUUUCUUAAGUUCAAUUUUGGAGGAUGUUCCAGGGGAUGAUGGAGAUGUACAUCGUGCUUCCAGCAGCAAUAACAGUGUCGGUUCUUCUUCUAUGUAUGGUGGUAGGGAAGUCCCUAUGUUCCAUUGUCAUGACAUGUCUUUCAAGGAGGAAGCUCCAUUUUCAAUCUCGGAUCUGUCUGAAGAGAACAUGUUAGAAUCAAACUAUGGGGAUGAACUGUCUUCAGAAGAACUCGUCUUGCAGGAUCUACAAAGGGCUUCACAAAAGUUAACCGAUGAGACACGUAAAUGUUUCCGGGAUACCUUUUACCGACUUGCACGGUGCUCACAAGAUAAAUCAGAUUCAGUCAGCACUAACUCAGACAAGCUGCUUAUGCAGACGUCCAGAUAUGAUUAUGGUGAUGGAAACAGGUUGAGUAGAGAGGAAGAAAUAGAAUCUGAAACGAAUUCAAUCGAUAGAGCCAUUGCAAACCUCACAUUCAACAAAAUGGAAUCCAACAUAAGCAAUUUUCCUCUACCGGAAAGAGUACAGUAGCUGCCACUGAUCACGAUCAACCAUUGGCGCCUCAUCAUCCUCCAAUGAAGUCUUCUGUUACCAUAUGUGUAUAAAAAUAUGUGUAUAUAUAGAUGACUUAACGUUGUAAGCUUCAGUUUUGAUCUGUCAAAAGAAUCUGGUCCUUUUUAAUUCCUGCACUA